UUAUCUUCACUCACUUUCAAAUCCACGAAUGCCUUCUAAAUUCUUCUCUUUCCGCUGCCUUAUCUUUGUCAUCCUCCUCCUCCUCCACCUCCUCUGCAACAGGCCACCACCAGCUCAUGCUGCCCGCCCUGCUCCCGUCUUUGCAUCACUGCCCACUCAGGGGUUGGAUGAGAACCUAACUGAUAGCGAGAAUAUGGAUGAGAAGUGCAGUGGAGUAAGCGAAGAAGAGUGUUUGAUCAGACGAACUCUAGUUGCUCACUUAGAUUACGUCUAUACACAAAAGCAUACCCCAUAAUUUCAACACCUUUUCAUUCUAAUUUCUUCCUUUUAUGUAUCUACAAACUUCCAUUCAUGCCACUUAUAUAUCUAUUGAAUUAGCU